AAACAAAACUUUAUUAAAAUAUAAAUGGGAGGAUGUCUUUUUAGAGACAAAUAAUAUGAAGAAAUAAGUUCUUAACCUAUACAAACUUAAUUUACAGAUGAGUUGAUAUUGGAUGAACUUGAAGAUAUAAGGGAUGUAGCAAAACUUAAAAAUAGUGAAAUCUUAUAGAUAACUUUGCUAAAUCAAAAAUGUGUUGUUCUUAGAAAAUAUAAUGAAAAAAAUAUGAAUUUACAUAUAAUUGAGAUAGUAGGGAAUGGAAAUAUGAUGUAUUUAGAAAUUCACAAAUAAUUAUAGUAUGCUUUCAUGUAAUUAAGGCAAUGUUAAAAUUUUUUUAUUGGAUCUGUUACCUUGAAGGAUAAAUGCUAUUUAGUUUUAAGAAUCAUGCAAGGGUUGGCCGCCUAAGUUUCAGUGUAGGAAAUUCAAUGUAUAAAACAAUUAUUGUCCAGGUUUGGGCAUUUCUGAAAAUCUAUCAGUUGUCAUAAAGAAACGAUUCGAUGAGAAGUUCUUAUGUGUUGGAGUUAUCUAUAUAGACGAUAUGGUAAUCCUAGUCUUUCGACAGAUUUUCCUCAAAAUCAAAUGUCCUGUUAUCUAGAAGUACACAUCGCCUAGUAAUGAUACCCUGUGCAUUAUUUAGUACGAAGGUUAAAUCUAUGAAUUAAAAAAAAUAUUAUGA